GCAAGAAAGAGCAAGCAAGGGGAGUCGGGGUGAGAGAGAGACGACUAACUACAAACAUCUUGUGUAGCACAACUUGUUUGGCGCUUCCAAAUGUCUUACAAAUUCAGACUAGAACCUGACAGUGAUUAAGAUAGUUUGACAUGUUUGGUAACCUUUCGUUGGGAUGAAAUGACGCGGUUACAACGGCUUUUCCUGCUAAUCUGCUUUCACUUCGCCACUCAGGUAUUUAGUGAAGCUCCACCAGCUCUGCCACAGGAAGUCCUGUUUGAUAAUUGGCAGGUGACGUGGACUCCUGCCUCAGAAGAGAACAACGUUACUUACACCGUGAGGUACAGCAGCUUUGACUCUGACCUGUGGGAAGAUGUCCCAUCCUGCAAGCAGGUUAAUUUUACUUCCUGUAACGUCACUUUGAUCAAAGCCGAGGCAGAGCACGGCUGUGUUAUGCUCGGUGUGCAAGCAGAGAGCCGUGGGCUGACUUCAGAUCUCGUCAGAGCCUGUAGCAGACAAGGUAACUCGUGUAGCCCUAAAGUUGGCCUGAGUGCACGGCCUGGCUUCUUGACUGUUCAUCUAAGUAGACACAGUGGGAUUGCUCAGGAAGGUUACCACAUAAAACAGAGGAUAUACUUUGGAAAAGAGGGCGAACGCUUGGAGACAUAUGAAGAUGCUGUAGCCUCUGUAUCCAUAAACAAUUUAAAGGCCGGUGAGCGCUACUGUGCAAAAGUGCAGUACACUUACUUUGAUCAUCCUGUCGGUGUGGCCAGCUGCGACAAGUGUGAAGUCAUCCCUCCGUCAGGUGGGACAGACCCAGGAACAAAAACAAUUGAGAGCACUUUUGCCAUUGUGCCUGUGCUUGUUAUUCUAAUACCAAUCAUCGCAUACCUCUGGCUCUUCCAGAGGAAGAGAAUUAAGGAGUGGCUACAACCUUCAUACAAGAUGCCAAAUGCUCUCAUCAUGGAAGCAAGUGACCUAGCUCACAUUCAAAUCUCCACCAACAGCCCAACCGAGGAGCUCGAUGAUAUUACAAGCAUGGAGUUGCGAGGGCAGUGACUGAAUCUUACUUUUUAUUCAAUCUCACUUUCUACAAAUUGCCAAUAGUUGUGAUUGGUUUAAUAAGAAAAAAAAAUCUUGUAAAGAAUGGACUACUUGGUUAUAGAAAAAUAGCCAACCACAUGAUACAUGAAUAUUCAAAAAUAUUGUGUUUUCGCUGAACCCAUUUCAUUACACACAUGAGGACUUUGUUAAUAUGAAUUUAUCACAUAUCAGUUGCUGAACCUUAUUACUUCUCGAGACCUCUGAGUGACUUUGGCUACAUUUUCACUACAAGUCCAAGUUGCCAAAUGUUCAAUCCCUAUCCUGUAUCCAAAUGUGCUGCCAUUAAUUGAACACAUUCACCAAUAGCAAUGCGACAAGUAUCAACACUAGGCAGUGGCGACACAAAAGUAAAAAUGU